GCAUCUCGUUCGUCGCUCUAUCUCCAUUUCCAUCAUCCGUCCAUCCGUACUACGUGGCUAAACCGCGGUUUAUCCUUCGGGAUCUAUCCACAAAAAUUCUCUACGCAUCGCAGGCCCACCAAGCAGACACCCUCAGGAAACGCGAACUCGGUCAAACAAUGGCGGACAAGAUGGUUAAGCUGUCGUAUGAGGCCAUGAUGGAAAAGUUCAUUCCGCCGGUCGCCGAUGAGCCAGAUGCCGUUCUGUUCAGAAACAUCUUCGACCCGGUUUCCGAUCAGCUGGAGGUAGAUAUCUUCCAGCGACUGGUGGAAUCACUGAACAAGCACGUCGCUGGAGACGACUGGCAAUUUGUCAUUUUCACUGCAAGAGACCCACCGCCGAGGACCAUCGAGAUCGAAAUGAAUCCAAGAAGCUCAGCCACCGCCCUCGGGAAGCGCAGCAGCUGGUCGACCAUCGAGCUUUACAUCGCAUGCAGCGCUGAAGAGGGGCUAGACCCGUUUAAGGAUGACCCAUCGACCGACACCCUACCUCAAUGCGACGAGGUGCAAUACACUGACUUCGUCUCAGGCACCUCCAAUCCUCCGUCCUCGGAAAGGACUACCGCGCAGACGUUCCUCGACCAGAUCAUCGAGCACACGGAUAUCGUAUUUCAGCGCCAACAGCGCACUCACUACUACACUUUGGCUAUCUUCGGCAGGUACGCGCGCAUGGCGAGGUGGGACCGCUCCGGCUGCAUCUACUCGGACAGGUUCGACUUCGUGGCCGAGCCCGCGAAGCUUGCGCUGCUCCUCUGGCGCCUCUCUCACGCCACGACUCCGGACGUCCGGGGCCACGAUACCUCUGCCACCCGCGUUCUCUGGGGAAGCGCGGAGUACCACGCCAUGGUUCGGUCCGCCAAGCUCGUUGCCGACGACCACGCGCGAGAGCUCUUCGCCAAGUCACUCGUCGACACCUGGCCAUGGUGGAAGCUGACGGUCUCGAGCGGGGAUUUGAAACAGGCGCCGCACGAGUACCUCGUCGCGAAGCCCACUUUCGCAGCCCCAGAUGUAGUGGGCCGCGGCACGCGCGGCUACGUCGCCCUCGACUAUACCGACCCCAAGAAUCCCGGUCCCUUCGUGUAUUUGAAAGACUGCUGGAGGAUCGUCCAUCCACGCUCGGAGCAGGAAGGCGCCAUCCUCGCGUAUCUCAACGGCACGGGUGUUCGUCACAUCCCCACAAUGCUUUGUCAUGGAGAUAUCGGCGAGAAGACGGACAUGGUGCGCGAUAUCUGGAAGGAUGUGAACGGCGUCGAGAAAGAAUGCCCCUUGAAGAACCACCGCCAUUAUCGUCUUGUCGUUAAGGAAGUCGGGAAACCACUGAAGACGUUCAAGAAUGGGAGGGCGCUCGUGUGGGUCGUGUUGAACGCUGUGAUGGCACACAUGGACGCAUACACGCUCGCGCAUACGAUCCAUCAAGACCUCAGUGUCGGGAACAUACUCAUUAUGCCCGCUCCAGAAGACACAAUAUUCGGCUGUUACGGUCUCCUGACUGACUGGGAGCUCUCUAAACGUACAGACGAUGAGGAAAGUGAAGCUCGCCAUCCGGAUAGGACAGGAACGUGGCAAUUCAUGUCAGUCAAUGCCCUCCAGCAACCAAGGAAACAGAUCGACAUCCCCGACGAAAUGGAAUCGGUGUUUCAUAUCCUACUGUACUGUUCCGUUCGGUACCUGCCUCACAGCUGCGGUAACGUGGGCGAGUUCAUGCGGAGGUAUUUCGACGACGGGGUGCCCGUUGACGACAACCCCAAAGAGUUCACGUCUGGUCCGCUCAAGACUGCAGUCGUUUCACGCGGUGUGCUACGCACUCACGAGCACAAGCCUAUCGUCUUCCUACUGGAGCGCCCACCGCCGGCGAACGUUCCUUCGCCCCCUUCGAACGCAUCGCCUCUCUCUGCCAACCCAUCAUCUUCCUCAUCAUCAUCUCCUGCCGAUCCCCCGUCUUCCCCGUCGCCGUCUCGGGCAACCACUCCCGUUCCACCGUCAUCCGAGCCAAAGACGCCUCUCGUCCCUCAGAAAGAGUAUACGCGCGAUCAGCGUCAUCCUAUGGAUCACAUCCUGCGCCAGAUGUUGCCGCUCUUUGAGGGGUUAUAUUCGCUCCAGGACCGUACCCGGGAUCAGGUCAAGGAGGGCUCUAAGAAGAAGCUGAAGACAAUUCAUGAGAGCCAGGAACUUGAGAUACACGCGAAGUUCAAGAACCGUUUCCUCCAGAAGGCGCCGCGUGCUGCUGAUCGAGAGCACCUGCCGCGUAGCCCGCCCGACGCAGCAAUGCUGAAGGUCCUCGAGGAGAACGCACGCAAACUGCGGGAGCACACAGAAAUAGGCAGGAUCCUUACUGAGGCGGCGUUCCAGAAGGAAAUUUGGCCGGAGAAAGACAAAAUCAACGAUCAGCUCCUACCGACAUACAAUGCAGACGUGGAAGACCCCCAGAAGGCAAAGCUCACAAAGCGCAGCGCCGUUGAUACCUUUGAAGCAUGCGAACACAAGAAGGCUCGCGGCGCGGUAUCUCAAACGUGAACGCCAGCGGUGGCCGAGGCUUCCCUUUCCAUUGCCCCGCAUUACCUUCCCC